UAUGCAUUUAUUUAUAUAUAUUUUCUCUCUCUUCUUCCUCUUCUUUCACUGCAACACAGUGUGUUACUCUACAAUGAAGGUUUCAGCAGUGGCGAAUAUCGAGUUCUGAACUUCCACAGCGAACUGAGUCGCACAACGGAGGACUUCCAACAUGUUGGACGGAAUACUUGGGAGAGGCUUCACCGCGAAAUGCAAAUCGUUGAUCAAAUUGACGAAGAGUCGGAUUGAUGUGAUACGGAGGAAGAGAAGAGCUACAGAGAAGUUUCUGAAGAAGGAUAUUGCUGAUCUAUUGCUCAACGGUCUCGAUAUUAAUGCCUACGGAAGGGCGGAAGGACUCGUGGUUGAGUUAACACUGUCCUCUUGCUAUGGUUUCGUUGAACAAUGCUGUGAGUUUGUGUUGAAGCACCUCCCAGCGAUGCAGAAGCUGAGUGGUUGCCCUGAGGAAUGUAGGAUGGCUGUAUCGUCUCUGAUGUUUGGUGCUGCAAGGUUUUCUGAUUUACCAGAGUUACGUGACCUUAGACAAAUAUUUCAGGAGAGAUAUGGAAAUUCCAUGGAAUGCUAUGUCAAUCAAGAGUUUGCUGCAAAUUUGAAUUUCAAGUCUUCUACAUUGGAGAACAAGGUCUGCUUGAUGCAGGAUAUUGCAUCGGAGUUUUCAAUAAACUGGGACUCCAAUGCUUUCAAACUGCGGAUGUCGAGAUCCUCUGCAGUGGAACAGGAACACAAUGCUUGUAUGCCCAACCAUGAUAAACCAUCACAAGGCAAGGAUCUUACCCAAAGGGAAGUAAGGAAUGAUGUUUUGUUAGAGGAAAAUCGUGAUCUUGCCGAUGAUAGGUGGAGAUUUCAGCACGACAAGGAAGGUGUAGUCUUAAACAGACAUCAACGUAAUCUUCAGUCUAAAUCCACACUCCCUGGGGUUAGGGAAGUUCAUCAUCAGAAAAGGGAUGGCCAUGAUGAUCCAGGAAGGCCUGAGGUUACAGUUGAGAAGAGCGACAGAGGCUAUCGGAAGGAGAGUAGUAUGCUUAAACCGAUUGGGCAUCCAUCUCCGUAUAAAACUGUGGAACAAAUCGAAGGUGGUUCCAAGCUGCAUAAUAGUAGGGGGCAUAUCACCCCUCCCAGAGAAAACCAGGUUGGUAUGCUAAAGCUGACUGGACACCAAUCUCAGAAGAAAAAAGUGGAACAACUUGAAGGUGGUUCCAAGCUGCAUCAUAGUAGUGGGAAUACCACCCCUCCAAUAGAAAACCUGGGCAGUAUGCUAAAACCGAUUGGACAUCCAUCUGAGCAGAGACCAUUGGAACGAUUUGAAGGUGGUUCCAAAGUGCCCAAUAGUUGGGGGAAUGCCACUCCUCUGAGAGAAAACCAAGGUAGUACGAUAAAACCAAUUCAUCGUUUAUCCCAGAAGAAAACAGUGGAAAAAAUUGAAUGUGGUUCCAGGCUUGAAGAUAGUUGGGGGAAUACCACCCCUCUAAGAGAAAACCAGGACACUGCAACUGCUAGGAAGUCUCCCAGUCAUGCGGGAUCACAUUUCAAUAGUAAUGCAAAGGAGCUAUUCUCUGUUAAUCAUGUUGGCCCACCUGUAACUGAUAAAUCCGAGAGAAAUGUUCGAAGGGAUGAAACACCUACACUGAAGUCCUGCUACAGUAAUGUCAUUCCACCUCCAUAUGUUAAACAACCUAAUUCUAAGCAGCAGAAUAUCACACGUGGAGCAUCUUCAAUUACCGACAGUGGUGGCCUCUCUACAUAUCAUUCCGCACAUGAGAAACUUGAUACCACUGUGACGGAGAGGGUUCAAAUAGGUUUGAAUAGGUCUGACCAGGAUUGGCAGGGCAAUACACACGAGAGACUGAGCAAACAGAAUCGUGAAAAAGAAAUAUCAUUUCGACAAGAUGCUGAAGAAGUCCAUGUGCUAAAACCAAGAUCUACGAGGAGAAGGCACUCAAGAUCACGACCGCCAAGUUACUACGAUGCCUCUAAUGAAGACUCUGGAGUUCAGAGAAAAUCAAGGAGCAGAAGCAGGAGACGAGAUGAUUCAAGACGUGGUCUGCAAGCUGUGUUUGAGGAAGAGCGGUAUCAAAAUGCUGAAGAGGAAAGGAUAAUAGAUAAAUUGCUGAUCCAUUAUAGCAAAAAACCAUCCGUCCUUGUGCAAGAAAAAUUAAAAAGAAACUCUAAAAUUCACCAUGCACAUCAAAUGGAUGUCUCAACCAAGGAAUUGCAGAAGAGUGGAAGCAGCGAUGGAUCUGAUGAGACACCAGUGUUGGUUAGUCAUGCAUCACGAUCGUUUUCCCUUCCUCGUGAACAACGGAGAGAAGUGGAAAUUAAGAAAGUAUUUAAUCGUGCUGCUACAUUUGAGCCAGUUAGAUCACACGACGCUCGGCAUGUGCAUCCUAAUUUACCUGACUAUGAAGAUCUAGCAGCUAGGAUUGCAGCUCUAAGAGGAUGAUAAAGGGUAAAUUACAGAAGAUUGCAUUGUGGUGCUUUUAUAAAUCGUCAUGCAUGAUCUCGUCUGUGUGGGUUGACAAUAGUGACUCUGCCAUCAUCUUACAUAUGCUACGGGCUAUACAGAACAUCAAUUCAAGUUUUGUCUUUUAUGAUGGUAGAAGUGUUUGUAACAAAAAAUUACCAUGUUCCUACUUUCUUCGGGUCGGCUAAUGGGGAAUAAAAGAUGUUGAGACAGACGCUAUUAGUUCAGAGCCUCUCUUACUAGCCCCCUUUUUUUCUGAUAAUGCUGUUUACACGUUUAUAAAUACAUUAUUUUGUAACUAUUGCUUAAUUU